AACCUGGGGGAGAUGAAUCUGGAGAUGGAAGAGCAACAGGUUUAGCCAAAUCGAAUAAUAAAAUUUCUCAAAUCGUUUUGGAAAAUGGGUGAAAGUGGAGCUGAAUCAGAAUCCAAAUCCUUCUUUAGGAGGCACUGGGAGGGAUACAAGGAGUUCUGGGGCGAGAGAUUCUCCAUUUUAGAUAACUAUUCCAAGUUCGUCAAGAGAGAGAACCCACUCCCUUCUUGGUCUGAAUCUGAUGUUGAGGAUUUCAUUGCCUCCGACCCUGUUCAUGGCCCCACUCUGAAGACUGUUCGUGAAGCAGCAAAAUUUGGUGCUGUAGGAAGUUUAAUUGGAGCAGUUUCGACUGCAGGGGUUGCUUGGAAGUAUUCAAAGAGUCCCCAUGGUGCUGCACUUUCUUUUGGAGCAGGAGCUGUAUUUGGUUGGACAUUUGGACAGGAAGUUGCCAACCACUGGCUGCAACUUUACAGGCUGGAUACCAUGGCUGCGCAGGUUAAGUUCUUGGAAUGGUGGCAGGGCAAAACUGAAGGACGGUCUUAAUUUUCACUUGCUCUGAGUGCCAAAUGCGACUUACUUUCCUUUCCCUCAAUAAGAAUCAUUUGCAUGUGGUGAAAUUUUAUUGUUUGAUUCCAUAUGAUAUUAUGCUUUUGUGCUUAGAAAUUUUCCAGUAUGGUUUUGCCCACUUCUUGUUUUCCUACAGAAUUGAUGUGAUGGUACAGUUUUUCCUUUAUAUAAUUCUAUUUGCUGAAACCCCACCAUUCAAUCGUAAGGAUGCUUAGACAAGGUGAAACCAGCGAUAGCAGCGAUUGUGAACGAUAUAUGUAUUUAGGGUGCAUCAUGUAUAUGUCUCUUCUAAUGGUGUCUUGUUAUUGAGUUGUAAUACAAGAUGUUGUAUCACUACUGCACUCCCAGUAGAGCAUUAAGUUAGCAUCUGAAAUAACCCAGACUAAUGGUUGGUCUGAAAGGGGGAGUGGGGGGAG